AUGCUCUUAGAUGGUAAAAUUGGUCUUGGUGAAACUUUUAUGUACGGUGACUGGGAUGCUGAACCAUCACCAAAGGACCUGUUGACACUGCUGAUCCGCGCAAAAAAGGGCAAAAAAGAUGGCAAAUGUAUGCAAAAACGUGAUGGUUCACAGUACUGUGUAAAGCUGUUCAGCCAACUAUUUCACGGUAUCAUAUGGAUUAUCCAAAAAAUUGCAUUCUAUAUAAACUACCUACAACAUCAUUUCAAGAGAAAUACAGUCGAGGGUUGUGCAGCAAAUAUUCAAGAUCACUAUGAUCUUGGUAAUGAUAUGUUCCAAAAAUUCCUUGAUCCGUCUAUGACAUAUUCGUGUGCCAUAUUUCAACAACCUCUUCCACAAGUAACAAAAUCGGACAUGAAAUUGCUGGAAGAGGCGCAGCUGAGAAAAUAUGAUACAGUAUUGGAGCAAUUGGAUCUUAAAUCGACUGAUAAUAUAUUGGAGAUUGGCUGUGGUUGGGGAGCUUUUGCGGUACGGGCUGUUAAGCGGUACGGAUGUCAGUGGACAGGUUUGACGUUGUCUGAAGAACAAUUUGCGUUGGCAAAUCAGCGUAUCAAAGAAAACAAUUUAGCAGACAAAAUAACAAUUAAACUGCUUGAUUACAGGAUGGAAAAGGAUACUUACGACAAAGUGGUUGCCAUAGAAAUGAUUGAAGCUGUUGGGCAUGAAUUUCUUCCUGACUUUUUCCAAGUUAUUAACCGUACUCUGAAACCCGGUGGUAUCUCCUUUAUCCAGGGAAUAAUAUGCCCAGAUGCCUAUUACGAUCGCUACAGAAAGUCAAGUGAUUUCAUCAAAAAAUACAUCUUCCCGGGCGGACAUAUGCCUUCGAUGGGUGCCAUAAAGGCUGCAUUACCCGAGCAACUCAAAAUUACGAAAGUAGAUCAAAUUGGAAGGCAUUAUGCAGUGACACUUGAUUUCUGGAAUCGGGCAUGGAUGGAAAAACGGGAAGAAAUAUUGAAACUUGGCUAUCCGCUGGUAUUUCAUAGAAAGUGGCAGUUUUAUUUCACUCUGUGUUCAGCACUUUUUGAGUAUGACCAUAUUGGAACUGUACAUGUAAAACUUAUAAAACAGACAUCUUAA